AUGGGUUUGGAGCUGGGUUGGAAAUGUCCGACUCCGGUCGUCAUUUGCUCGAACGAGUCGAUGUUCAUUGCCAUAUUCGUUUUGACAAGGACACCGACUCCAUCAGCUCCUCUACUGUCGCAUGUUCCUAAGAACAGUUCUUCUUCUGUGUUAUAUACUGCAUUUAAUGGGUGGAGUGGUAUCGCCUCGGUCAGUCCGAUGACGCCGUACUUAAUCAUCGAGAUCUUCAGUGGUCCCUUCCGAUACAAGCAAGAUAAUCAAAAAUCAACGUCGACAUCGUUGUUUGAAGAGUUCGGACGCAAAGUGGGCUAUCCAGUCUCGGAUGGGGUAGCGCUCUCGAGGACCCAUCUUACCGUCAAUAUUCGCAUUUUUCGUUGGGAAGCGAUGGAAUCAGUACUGCAUUCAGUCGAUUAUUUAAUUCUUCUCGAACGUGUUGUUGAUGUUCUUGGUCGUGUUCUUUCACUUAAUGCCCGGACAGUGUUUGUGCCGAGAAAUAAUCAAAAGGUGAUGUUGGUCACUUCGUACUAUGUAAUAGUCGCUUUUUCUUAA